CUGAGAGAGAUAAGGUACGGUGAAGACGAACAACAUGGCUCAUGUAGCCGGUUUGCUUGCCUCGGCUGUGGUCUCAGCAGUGGGCAAUAAGCUGGGUUCCGCCAUUGGGGAUGAGGUCACGAUGCUGUGCAGUUUCAAGGACGACCUCAAGGACAUGAAGGACACGUUGCAGUACAUGGAGGCGGCGCUCAAGGAUGCUGAGAGGCGGUCUGUCACGGAGGAGUUGGUGCGGCUGUGGCUCAACCGGCUCAAGAACGCUGCCUAUGAAAUCUCUUACAUGCUCGAUGAGUUGCAAGCUGACAGUGAACCAGCCUCCAGAAAGAUGAUUGGGAAGCUAGACUGUUUUGCUAUUGCACCCAAGAUUACCAUGGCUUAUAAGAUGAAGAAGAUGAGAGGUCAGCUGAGGAAGAUCAAAGAGGAUCACGAGAGUUUCAAAUUCAUACAUGAUAACUCCAGUCUAAUUAGUGUGCACCAGUUUCCUGAUCCACGGGAAACAACAUCAGAUGUGAUUGAAUCACUCAUCAUAGGGAGAGACAAAGACAGGGUGAAUGUUCUUUCUUUGUUAUCCACAAGCAGCAACAAAGAAGAUAUCACAAUUCUUCCUGUUUGUGGGCUUGGAGGCAUAGGAAAGACAACAUUGGCACAACUGGUCUUCAAUGAUGCUCAGUUGAAAGAGUAUGACCAUCGGGUAUGGGUCUAUGUAUCCCAGGUGUUUGACAUGAAAAAAAUAGGGAACUCCAUAAUUUCUCAAGUAGAAAAAUGAAGCCAGAAUCUAGAUACAAGGCAGUUGAUAAACCAACAUCUUAAACAUCUACUUCAAGAUAAGAAGACUCUAAUUGUUUUGGAUGACCUAUGGGAGACAGAUAACUUCCAACUGGAUCAGCUCAAGCUUAUGUUGAAUGUAAGCUCCAAUAUGAGAGUCUUGGUCACAACACGCAGCAUAGAUAUUGCAAAAAAAAUCUGUACUGUUGAACCAUACAAGCUAGAUCCCUUGGACAACGACAUGUGCUGGAGAAUAAUCAAGCAAAACAGUGGCUUUGAAUCUAGAGCUGAUAAAGGUCAAGCUGAACCAGUUGGACAAAAGAUUGCAACGAAAUGUGGUG